CUAAAACUACUUCCGGUUCCGCCCACUCUGUGUUUGACUGACUUUUCCGCAGGACCAAUCAGCAGAAACUUUUUUUCUCUCUGAACAACAACAAAGUAGCAGGCAGGUGAACAAAGUCGAGUGUUUUAUGCAGAUUUGACCAGAAUUACGUGUGUGUAUUUAUCCUCCUGUCUCCCUGCUGCUCGCUGUCUGUCCUCCGGCCACAUGGACACCCUAGAGCGGAUGAAAGAGUCCCUGCAGCGGCACAUUGACAGCCAGAAAGACGAGCUGUCCAGCCUGAGUCGGGACAUUUGGAGCCGACCUGAACUCGCCGGAAACGAAACGCAAGCACACGACCGUCUGGUCCGCUUCUUCUCCCGGGACCCGACAUGGACCGUAGAGAGCCACUACAAGCUACCCACCGCCUUCAGGGCCAGCUGGGCUCCUGCCGGCGGCGGGGAGAAGGAGAAGGAGAAGGAGGAGGAGAGAGCAGGGCUCAACGUGGGCUUCCUGUGCGAGUACGACGCGCUCCCGGGGAUCGGGCACGCGUGCGGGCACAACCUGAUAGCGGAGGUGGGAGCAGCGGCCGCGGCGGGGCUGAAGGCUGCUGUAGAGGAGCACACCGACCUCCCUCAGCCGGUCAAGGUAACGGUUCUUGGGACUCCUGCAGAGGAGGCUCUGGGAGGAAAGAUCGACCUGAUCCAGGCUGGAGCCUUUGCUGACGUUGACCUGGUGUUCAUGGCUCACCCGGCCCAGCAGGACGCCUCCUUCCUGCCCUGCUGUGCCCUAGAGGAGGUGUUAGUGAAGUACCACGGGAAGGCAUCUCAUGCGUCUGCGUACCCCUGGGAGGGAGUGAAUGCUCUGGAUGCUGCUGUGCUGGCCUACAACAACCUCUCUGCUCUCAGACAGCAGCUCAGACCAGAGUGGAGGCUUCACGGCAUCAUCAAACACGGAGGGGUGAAGCCCAACAUUAUCCCUGCCUACACUGAGCUGGAGUUUUAUCUCCGCACGCCGCUGCUUAAGGAUCUUUGUGACCUGAAGGCCAAAGCCGAGGCUUGCUUCAGGGCAGCUGCUGUUGCCACUGGCUGCCAAGUGGAGAUAAUCUACCCAAGUCAUGCCUACUAUAACAUUCUGCCUAAUGCCACACUGGCAAACCUAUAUGAAAAUAAUGGAAAAGCUUUGGGGAUUCAGUUUCCAGAGAAGCCAGCCAACUUCGCUGGUUCUACAGACUUUGGCAACGUUUCAUUCACCACCCCCGGUAUUCAUCCUUUCUUCUACAUCUGCACCGACGCCUUUAACCACACCGAGGAGUACGCCGCAGCAGCAGGAGCUGAAAAAGCCCAGUUGUUCACCCUGAGGACAGCCAAGGCUCUGGCUAUGACAGCUGUGGAUGUAGUGUGCUGCCCUGAUCUGCUGAGGAGAGUGAGACAAGACUUCAGCCUGGCCAAAACCAAACACGAGAAAUCACGAGAAGGCAGCGAUACAGCUUUGACAGCUCCAUAAAUACAAUGACUUCAGUAAUAAUUAUAGAGCGUUUUAUAGCUGACAGGUUAAUCAGGGUUGUGUUGGGCUUUAACUCCAGAGCACAUGUUUGCAAACAGCAGUUCACACAGUUUAAAGGGCUGCUGUUGAAGGAUGGAGCCAUAAAACUACAACUCAGUGUGCUACAUGAUGUUUAAGAUAUCUGAAAUACCACGGUCACAAGCUGAUUCUCACAAGGUGAGGGCUGAGCAAUCUUUUUCUGCUUCGGAUGGUUAUUUUCUGAGUGAAAUGACCCAGAGGUAUUAAAAUAGCAGCCCUGAUGCAAAUAAUUACAGUUUUUUGUCAUGGCUCUAAUAAUGGUAAAGUCUGUUCACUGCAAAAAAAGGUGUGUCUAAAAAAGAUAAAAACACUUAAUCUGAUGGAAAUGAUCUUGCUGCAUGGACAGAUAAUUUCACUCGACAAGAUUUUUUCUUGUUUUUAGACACACCUUUUUUUGCAGUGUUGGUUGGUUGUUCCACCACUUUGUCUAAAUUAUUUCAGGCUGACAGCCAAUAGCUGAGGCGGCAUCAUCCUCAGCUAUAGUUCACAUUUAGUGCUAAUUAACUAUUCAUUAUUUUUUAGAUAUCUGAUUUGAAAUAAUUUUAUUGAUGAUGGUAUGUGUUAGAGGUGGGAUACAAUUUUAUCCCCAUACUUGAGCCACGAUACGAUAUUAUUGCGAUUUUAAGCAUUUUGUGACAUGGUGGGUAUUGCGAAACAAUAUAUUGCGAUUUAACUGUUUAACUGAAUUUUUUUUAAUUAAACAUAAAAAAGCCUAACUUUGCAGCGACAGGAUAUCCACAUGAAGCCUAUAGAUUCCUUAGAUCUUCUAGUUUCAUAUAAUACCAGGAUCUCUUGUAUAUUCCUAAAAGUGAGCCCUCUACGGCCUCCAGGGAAAAACUGUGAAAAUACUGAGGGCCCGCCGGCCAUCGGAAUAAAUAAUAAUAAUAAUAAUACAUUUUAUUUGGAGGCGCCUUUCUUGGCACUCAAGGACACCGUACAAAGGAUAAAAAGAAACAGCAAUAAAAUACAAUAAAAUACACAGAAUUAAUAACAAUACAAUACAAUAUUGGACAGGGUAAAAGUCAUCAGACGGAAUAAGCAGUUUUAAACAGAUGUGUUUUGAGUUGUGAUUUGAAAUGGGGGAGUGAGUCAAUGUUCCUGAGUUGGGGUGGUAGUGAGUUCCAGAGGCGGGGAGCAGAGCGGCUGAAUGCUCUGCUCCCCAUGGUGGUGAGACGGGCGGAGGGGACAGACAGGUGUA